AUGAAUCAUCGACGACUGAAGGAGGCCAUUCGCAAUCCGGCCUUUACUGAACAAGAAUUCAAUGCCUUCGGCUCCGUAGAUGCAUAUAUCCUAGCUGCACAGGAUGGACUUGAAGGAGUCGCUCACCUGCUAUCAAAGGAUAUGCAGGUUCUGAAAGAAAAGAACAAUAUGCUAUCCCAGGAGCUUGAGGCCAGUCGAACAAAGCUAAAUGCCGCCACCGCCGAGCUGGAGGGAGUGAAAAAAUUUAUGAGGGAAGCCCAUGCUGCAGAAUCAAUAGGCCAAUUGGAAAAAAGCUUGGAAGCCGCCAAGGAAGCCCAGGACUACGCUGAGAGACUUGGAGAAAUUUCGGGGGAGGAGAAGAAAAGUCAACCGAGGCGUUUGGAUCCAGAUCGGGCUCGGGGCUCGCCGGAGCUGCUGCCGGAGACGGAGGACGGGGCGGCCGGAGGAGGUGGAGGAGGCGCCGCCGGGGAGGAGGAAGACGGGGCGCGGCCGGAGAGGUUGGGGGAGACGGCGGACGCGGCGGCGCCGGCGACCUGCGGAGGGGCAGACGGCGGCGGAGGGCGAGCUCGCCGGCGAGGCAGAGGGCGGCGGCUGGCGCGGGCGGGGUGCGGGCGAGGCGCCCGACCGGCGGCGCGGGAGGAGACGGGCCAGGAGGGCCCGACGCGGGCUCUCCGGGCUGGCGGCGCGGUGGAGGCCGGGGUGCCACGUGGCAGCCCCCGGUAG